AUGUUUUCUAAUGGAUCUUUUGAUUUGAACACGUCUGAAAAAGAUGUUACUUCAAAUAUUAAUAAUUCUGAAUCAAUUACUUCAAACUUAAAUAAUUCUGAACCAAUUACUUCAAACUUAAAUAAUUCUGAAUCAAUUACCAAGCUUUCUGAACAUUUUGAAAAUCCCGAGGAUUCAACGACAGAACUAAUAUGUAUUUCUAAUAAUAUUGUAGAAGAUCCCGUCACUUCACCCACCACUGAUUGUGAAACUCUUGGCACUGAAAAUUCCUCUUCUAUAAAAUCAAAAAGAACGCCAUAUCGUC